AUGAAUCGACUCUUUGGUUCCAAUAAACGCACUCCAAAACCAACAUUGAACGACGCCAUUUCAUCGACCGAUGUACGAGCAGACGCCGUAGAAGUCAAGAUUCGAAAGCUGGAUGCCGAGUUGACACGAUAUCGAGAUCAAAUGAAAAAGAUGCGUGAUGGACCUGCCAAGAAAGCAGUACAACAAAAAGCGUUGCGUGUGCUAAAACAACGUAAACUAUAUGAAUCACAACGAGACAACCUUCAACAACAAUCCUUCAAUAUGGAACAAGCACAGAUGACUACCGAGAACCUACGCAAUGUGAUGGCAACGGUUGAUGCUAUGCAGACGGCCAACAAGGAGAUGAAGAAACAAUACAAGAAUGUCAACCUGGAUAAGAUUGAUCAACUACAAGAUGAAAUGGAAGACUUGAUUGACCAAGCCAACGAGGUGCAAGAGUCGUUGGGACGUUCAUACAACCUACCUGAAGAUAUCGAUGAAGAGGACUUGGAGGCAGAAUUGGAUGCAUUGGGUGACGAAUUGGAUUUUGAAGAUGAAGAGAUACCAAGCUAUUUGCAAGAUGAAAGUGCUACCAGCGUUGAUUUACCAAAAGCAUCGGAAGCCGAGCCGACAGCAACCAAGGAUGACAAGAAAGAAGUCCAGCUGGAUGAGUUCGGAUUGCCUAUUGCAGCACAAACUCCCAUGAAAGCAUAA